UUCGUUUGUUAAAAAUUCUUGCAUUGUAAGCAUCCGCACAAAAUGAUAAAAGAUGGAGCUAAAUGCAUAUUUAUUUGGAUUUAUUUAUUUUAUGUUUUGUUGUAACAAAGUCUUUGGAGAUGUAAUUGAAAUGAGGACAGAUGACUUCAAACCAUUGUUUAAAACAGCAGCAUCUGAAUUCUCCCAUCAUGAGAUUGUUAAACCUGUGAUAUAUAAAGGUGACAGACAGUUGCCAUCUACAAAAGAUAAGAUGGGCCACCACAGUGAAGUGACAAUAAAGUUUCAUACAGCAACAGAUAACUUUGUUAUAGAUUUAAUAAGGAACAGACACCUGUUUUCCAAAGCAUAUGUAGAAAAAGGUUAUAAAGAUGAAAAUAAUUAUAAACUAACAAGACCACAUCAUAAAAAGUUAUACAAACAUUGUUUUUAUCAUGGUCAUGUACGAGGUGCUCCAAACUCAAUGGUUGCUUUAAGCACAUGUUAUGGUAUAAGUGGAUACAUACAGAGCGGCAGAGAUGUUUUUCAUAUAGAGCCAGCUUUUGAUAUAGACAAAUACAGUCAUAGAUUGUAUAAAGAUGAACAUAGUCUUUCAACACAUAGAACUUGUGGUGCUCAUCAUAUUGGACCGUCUAUUAAACGAAAUGAAACCAUAGAGAUGGAGCAUAAAAAGGACGUGUUUAAGAGGAUGAGAAGGAGUGUACAGCAACCAUAUGAUGCAAAUAUAAAUACUCGUUAUGUAGAGAUGUACGUUGUUAAUGAUUAUAGAACAUUUGAAAGUAAUGGUAGAAAUGAAGAGUAUCAGAUAAUGAAGACACAGAAUAUCAUCAAUAUUGUUAGCAGGCUGUAUCAGCCAUUCAACAUAUAUAUAGCGCUAGUUGGUAUUGAAAACUGGAUGGUCCAGGAUUUAUUUUCAAUAACACAGGAGGCGGAUACUACAUUGGAAAAUUUUUUGCACUACAGAAAGUCUCGAAUUAAUCCAAAACAUCAAAAUGAUAAUGCUCAGCUUAUCACGAGUACAAAUUUGCUUCGUGACACUAGGGGAAUUGCCAAAUCACAUAGAGGUGCAAUAUGCACUGUUGAGUAUUCUGGCGGAGUCAGCGAGAAUUUAGCAACAGAAGGACAGACUGCUACCACUAUAGCUCAUGAGCUGGGACACAACUUUGGCAUGGAUCAUGAUAAUUACACUAUUUGUCAGUGUAAGGAGGAGAAAUGUAUCAUGGCUGCUACCAGUGGAGGUUCCAGGGACAACAGGAUAAAUACACCUACUCACUGGUCGUCCUGCUCCAUGUUGGCUUUACAAGAAGCGUUUGAAAUGGGAAUGGAUUAUUGUCUACGUAAUUUACCGGAGCAGUUGUACGAAGGUCCGGUCUGUCGCAAUGGUUUUCUUGAAGAAGGAGAGGAGUGUGACUGCGGGAUGCCAGAGGAUUGUUUGAACAAAUGCUGCAAUGCAAGUACCUGUAAGCUGACUCCAGGAUCAAUGUGUGCUUCUGGAGGAUGCUGCGAUCUCAACACAUGCAAGCCAAAGGCAGCAGCUACACUUUGCCGUCCAAGUGUUGGAGACUGUGAUUUACCUGAGUUUUGUAAGGGGGACAACCCAAGGUGUCCAGCAGAUGUAUUUCUACAAGAUGGUGUAGAUUGUUACAGUGGACAGUCUUAUUGCUACAAGGGUCAGUGUAAGACCCACACAGGUCAGUGUAAACUACUAUGGGGAAGUACGGGGAGAGUCUCUGACCCGGUUUGCUUCAAACAUCUCAACUCAAACGGCAGCAAGCAUGGUAACUGUGGAUAUAACUGGACCAAGUCUACUUAUGAGCCAUGCCAGAGAGAAAAUGUUAUGUGUGGAUUAUUACAUUGUGUACACCAGAAUGAGAAAUUGAUGUUUUGGAAGGACAAUCUAGCUCACGCCACUCCAGCCACCUUUCUUACAAUAGGACCACAAACCUAUGUCUGUAGAGGUGCAAUGCUGGAUGUUGGCCUUGAUAUGCCAGAUCCUGGCAUGGUUCCUGAUGGUGCCAAGUGUGAUAAUAGGAAGAUCUGUGUUGACCACAAGUGUACUGCACUAAGUCACUUGAAUAUCUCCCACUGCUCCUCUGGAUGCUCAGAUAGAGGAGUGUGUAACAGUAACGGAAACUGUCAUUGUGACGAAGGAUGGGGAGGCCCUGAAUGUGACGAGGCCGGGAAUGGUGGCAGUGUAGAUAGCGGACCCAUCAAAAUCAAUGAUGACAAGAGCCUGUUGAUUGGUCUGCUAGUGUUCUUUCUGGUUGUUGUGCCACUUCUAGGUGUACUUGCCUUCAUUGCUUACUUCUUCCGAGCAACAAUUUUCGCUUGGUGGAAUGAUCGAUUUAACAUGAAAUACAAGGGUCAAGACAGACCUUUGCGUCCGGCUCGACCUCCACCAAAGAGAGAGCACUCACCUGUAAGACAAGCACCACAGCGUCCACAACCAACUGACACAAAACCCCUGAGACCCCAGCCAGCCAGACCACAGCCUCCUGUUAACAAUAACAACCGUACAGGAUUAUCUGUCAAAGUGUCCGACCCGGUACUGACUGGUACGACACAUUCUAAUACCAAAUCACAUGUGAAACCAAGUCCGGUUCCUACUCACAAACCAGCCUUACCAAAACCACCACUGAAACCUAAUAAAGGAGCCAGUAACCAGUCUGAAUUUAAGACAGAGGCAAAUAAUGAAACACCGCCAGCAGAGAGUAAAUCGAGAUUUGGUCCAAUUUUCAAAAUUCCCAGUUUUUCAAAGAGUGACAAACAAGGAGCACAAAACCUUAAACCAGAGGCAGAAAAGGCAGAAGAGGCUCCUGUUGCCAAUAUUGUGAAGAAGAGAGAAUUAACAAGAAACAUAUCAAAUCCAGUGUUGAUAAGUACAACAGACAGGAGGUCAAAACAUCUUGUAAAGCUUGAAAAUUUAAACGUUACUGCUGCUCCUUCACAAGAAGACUUUGAUGCUCCGCCUCCUCCGGUGCCACCAAAAGUCAGUUUAGCAAAUGAGUAUGAAAAUACUUCUACAACCAGAAGAAAUCGUCCUUUACCGCCACGUCCAAUGUCUAUGCCCGAGAGUGAAUGUGGUGAUGAUGUACAUAUUGGAGUUAAAGAUGGUCGUAAAUCUGCUGUCUUGGCGACAGGUUCACCCAGAAUGCCCCAGAGGCCACCACCACCACCAGUUAAACCGAAUGUAGAUAAUACCAGAAAAAUGCUUGAAGAUGAAUUAUCUAAAUUAGAUGACAUAAACAUAGAAAUACCACGUGACAGUCCUGAAAAACAACUUCCAAACAAUUCCUCUAGUCCUGCAAUUAAACCAAAAAAUAUGAAACCAAAACCACGCACAACAGUUUCAAAGAGUGUUGAUACUAAGAAGUCAUUACAUCCCAAAACUGCUGCUAAUAAAGCAAAAUCUGAUACAAAACCUAACCCAGCCAAGUGGGCUGAUAAUGAAAAACCUAUAUUUAACCCAAAAGCCAGACCAGGUCUUUCUUCAAAGUCAAAACAAGCCAGUCAGUCGAGCAACCUGAAACCAAGUGAACCAACUAGAAAACCUUCCACAGAAUCGCUGGACGAUGAUCCAGAUGCCGGUGCCGCUAGUGUUGCAGGACUUGCACAAAGAUUUGAAGUUCAAAAGAAACCUUUAUUAAGUGAUAGAAAUGUUAAAAGAACUCAGUCUCAGGGUGCUGCAAAAGCUCCUAUGACUCCUCCAAAACCAAAGUCAGGUGUGAAACAAAUCAGAAGUGUUGAUGUUUGAUGAUAAAAUAGUAUUGUCAUGUAACAAAUGAAAUAUUAGCCUGUGGAUAACUAUAUAUACCAGUAGCUAAAUAUGACAUUGAAUCAUCAUACUGUAAAAGCAGAUAUUUUCGCUGGGUCAAAAUUUCGUGAUUUUUGAAAUUUUCAUUAUGUUCGCGAAAUUGUAAAAAUAGUAUCCUACUUGAAUUUUAAUUAUAAUUUCUACUAAUUUUGAGUAUUUGUGUGGAUUGAUUUUCGCAAGAUGUAGGGCCUGGCGAAUAUUGCGAAAAAUUAAACCCUCUCGAAAGUUUCUGCUUUUACAGUAAUGCAAUUAUCAUGUUAAGAUAUGUUUGCUACAAAUGUUACUUCAUACAUACAAAAAUAGUCCUUUGAUAAUCAGGAACUUGUAUUUGUCAACAUCUUAAGUCAGAAAGUUAGACUUCGAAAUGUGAAUUUUAGUUUUUGUCUCACUACGUGCAAAAAGCAAAGAUUAUGCAACACUACUUUUUAUAGGUACUGAGAUCCCUUUAAGGAAAUUAAACCAAAUUGCAGAUUUCACAUUUAAAAGUAAAUCUUAAAUGUCUAACUUACUAUGUGGUUGAAUAUUUGCCCAUUCCAGAUGUUAGGUUCUGUUUAAAUGUAUAGAACUAGUACAUUAUUCUGUUCAAAGGCAAUCAGUUUAACGGUUUUGUCUUUUCUUUGUUGCAGAAAUACGUAACAUAGUUCCUUGCUUGAAUUUUUAUCAUAUUUGUUUUGUUUUCUUAAACUUCUGAGAUCUUUAUCCAUGACUCAAAGCAUCUUUUACAAAGUGUUUUAUUCUUUUGAAAAGUUUUAAAAUGUAUGUUUGACUUUGAAAUGUUCAGAUGUUAAAGUGGAGAAAAUAGGACAUGUUUUGUAGAAAUCAGAUGCACUUCUUCUCAACAAGUUUUCGGUAUUUUGACCCCCCAAGAUAUUAAAUGUUAUUGUUGCAAUAUGUUUGUAAAACUUACUGACUUUCAUUUCCGGUAAAUUUUACAACAUAUUGCUAAAAUCUCUUGAAAAAAGAAACAUAGAUUUCAAAUUAAAAAUUCUGUUUCAAACAAGGAAUCCAGUGACAGAAUAUUCAUUAUGACAGUAAUACAUUCACUAUAAUUAAUUAUGUCUUCCCAUUCCGAGGGAGACAUUUUGGUUUUGCCUUUGCUGUCUGUGUCUGACCAUCCAUUUAUAUUUAGCUUGGCCAUGUAUAUUUUCACAAAAUCUCUUGCCAGAUUUCAAUGAAACUUCACGGGAAUGAUGUCUUUGGUACAUACCUUUGGCACAUUUGUUCCGAUUAGUUUUUGUGGAGUUUUGGCCCCUUAAAGGUAAUUUUUGUAAAAGAAUAUGUCUUGACCACUCCUUUACUAUCAGUGGGAUUUUACUUAAACUUCAGUAGAAUGAACAGCACCAAGCUUUUUUCUGCAUGUAUUUUAGGUUUCACAGUUUAUUGAUUUGAAAUGAGUUAUGGCCACUUGAUUAUUAUACAUAAAGUUUGUAUAGAGAUUUUUGUCAGUGCUUCUUCAAAACUUCUCAGAUUUCAUUGAAAGUUAUUUGUAUGUAGCCUAAUUUUGCAUAUCAUUGGAAUGUCCUGCGCAGAUUAUUUCUUUUGGAGUUAUAUCUCCUUAAAGAUCGUAUUUAAAUAAAACUUAUAAGGACUAUUUACUUUUUUGUUGGUGGGUGAUUAAAUGAAACUUAUAUUUAUACAUAAAAUUUAGAUAGUUCCAUUCAUGAUUUUCAGUAUUUUUCUUGGGGAAUAUGUUAACAUCCACAUUCUAUUUCCUGAAAUAAAACUGGUUUAGCAAAACUGAAUGCAUUGGGAAACAUGUUAUUUUUUCAAAAACUGUUUAAUAUAUGCAAGGACUUAAAUUGAAUGGAUUUGCUAAUUAUCAAUUUAUCUUUAAAGAAAAAAAACAAAUGAAAUUUUAAAUAAGCUUAAAAUUUUCAACAUACUGUCAUUUACCAGAAUAAAACAGAGCAGAACAAGCACUUUAUUAAACUCACACAAUACAUGAAGAUAUAUGAGUAUACAAAGCAGCUACAACUUUACAAAUCAGAUCAUUUCCCAAGAUAACUGUGAACUUGAAACAAGGACAAAUAAGGAAACAAAAAAUACACAUGCAACACACAUAAAAAAAAAGAACCAAGAAACUGGCAUUUUGGUAGGGGCAUUACUACUUCUUACUAGACAUACUGCUCAGCGAUAUAUGACCUUUUUUUGUCAGUUCACCGUAAAACCCAAUUCAUUCAUUCAUUAUACAUACUGAUUUUACGUUUAAUACUUUUACAAUGGACAAAUCUAGAGUUUCAUAGCCAUUUCUGAUAGGAGCCUUGAUAUACCUGAAAAUAAUUAACUAUUAUUCAGGGAUUUUGUCUUAUUAUUUGCUCGAGCUGAUCAUCUUUAUUCAAAUUUUAUUUUAAGCCAGUCAUUAAAUAAAAAAAUUUACAUUGCAAUAAAAGGUGCGGAUGAAGAGGAGCAUGUACAAAUUGUACAGAUAUACUACACCCAUAUCUACUGUGAUAUAUUCUGUAUCUUGCCUAUUUAUGUUCAUCAUUUUGUGUUCAUUUUAUUUUCAUUUUGUGUUCAUUUGUCAUCAUAGUCAUUUUGUUAAUGGUGAAAUUUUAUUCAUGUACAGAUCUUGCUAUUUGUUGGAAAUUUUUAUAAAUACCUAAGCUGUCAAAGCUCAUUUGUAUUUAUAUCUGACAGCACUUGCAAAACCUGUAUUUCAUUUAACAUGAUACUUUAUUGAUUUACAAGACAGGUUUUAGGAAACACUUGUUACUCUUUAUCUGUUUGUAUUUUUGUACACAUUUUCAUACUGCAUUUGGUCUUUGCAGCAACUUCUACAACCAAAAUCUCAUUUUGAUUACGGGGUGGGGGCUUGGCCGAGUGGUAAAGAUUACCAACGUCAAAUCCCUCACUGCUGUGGGCUGAGAGUCCAGCAAGAGAUAUGUUACUCUCUCGUGUGAGAAAGCUUUCACACAAGUUUGUGGUUGUACCAGGUUACUGAUUCUUGAAAUAAUGUCCAGAUGGACACAUCAAAUCUUUCAAAAGGCAACAUUAAUCCUUACCCUGAUAAAUUUCUAUAAUGAACUUGACCAUCUUUCAGUUUGGACAGUACCAUUAACUGUUAAAAGGGGUGCUUACCAAAAAGAUACUGGCUGAAUGGCGAACAGUGCAGAUCUUGAUUGGACUGCAUGGAUGUGCAGGCUGAUCAUGAUCUGCACUGGUCGCAAAGGCAGAAUCAAUCUUUUCCAGCAUGAUACGGGUUAAAAGUUGAAAAUCAUGAUUUAAAUUAUGUCUGUCAGACUUGAAACACAUCAAAACAACUCUGUAAUUGAAGUAAAGAAGUGGUUUAUGUAAUGGUUGUCAUUUUUAUUGCCAUUUUGCAUUUUUGUGACAACUUCAGGUCUUGAACAUUUCAGAUAUGUUCUGUCCCAAGGAAAUGGAAAUAAUGUAUGUAGUUACUGUAACUAUCUAGCUUUAGUUAUGUGCCAUAUGUCUUCAGUAUUUUAACUCUAGAUUUUCACAGUUAUUGUGUGAUACUGUUUAGGCUUUGACAAAUGUUGUCAGAUUUUUUCCAUGAUUUGAGUGACUUUCUCCCAUUUCGUACAUUUUUAGACAUAGUCUAAACUGUUAAUCUGUAUAGCCAUAGAAAAACAUAUGAUGUAAACAUGAAAGAUAGUUUUGUAUGAAAACAUGUAAUCUUAAUGUUUAUUACAUUUACCCCUUAAACAUACAUAUAGCUGCUGUUCCUUCUAGUUGACAGCACCAGGAAAGUCUGACAUGUUGCUGAAAAAUUUAUAAACAUAACAUUUGGAAGUAUCUAGUAUUAUUUAGAAUACCAAAUUAAAUGAACAUAUGUUAUUUGGAAGGUUCUAUUUUUGCUGAAUAGUGUCAAGGCGAAUAUUUACUAUCAUUCCUAAUUUCUGUAAAACUAUAGAGCUGCGAGUCUCCAAUAAAGCUAUUUACUAUUUAUUUUGCCAUGAUAUUAAAUAUACACAUUAUAGGAAAAUCUUACUCGAACAAAUUCCUUCAAUAAUAAGGUGUAAGAUUUUUCAAAAUUUCAUGCGUGUUCAACAAAAACAUGCCAAAUAGAAAAUAAAAUGUACAGUACAGUUUGUUACCUACUUGAAUAAUUUGCUUCCACUUUUUUUUACACUGUUUAAAAUGGAUUGAUAUAAAACCUUCACUAUUGCAAUUUCUUCACUAUUUCAUGUUGGUUUGUAAGUGGACCCAGUUUUUACUUAUUUUUGGUUUACCAAUGUCUGUCCUUAUGUAAUUAUGAAGACUAUUCUGCAAAACUCUCUCCUACAAUUUGAUUUUAAUCAUUUUAGAAUGUGUUUUAAAAAAGUUAUGCCAGUAAGACUGCAAAUUUUAAGUUUUAGACUAGAAUUUAUUUGAUUUUUUUUGUAUAUUUGACAAAAUGUUUUUAUUUAAGAAAUAAUAUAUCUCAUCCAGUGAUUUGUCGUUGAAUAAAUCAUUGUUUGGAGUUCAGUUGCGAAGGAAUUAUAUCACGAGGGCGCAGCCCGACUGAUAUAAUAAUACGCAUCUGAACGACAAAAAAUGAUUUAUUCAAGAGCAAAUCACUAAAUGAGAUAUAUUAUUUCGAUUCUAACACGUUACCAAGAGUACAUCCUUGACGACAUUAAUUAAAUGUUUGCCCGUUUUCAAUUGGUUUCUUUUCCAGCGCGCCGCUAUGCCGUUUGACGCCAUGACGUAAUAACUGUGACGUCAGAACAGUGAUUUGUUGUAUAAUAAUUCACUGUUUUCUGCCUUCUUUGUUUAAUAGGAAAAUGAAUCGGAUCGUGUUAGAAUAAAUGGUAAUUCACUGUUAUUUAUAUCAGAUUUGCCAUAAAAAUGUUAGGGAUAUUGUGCAAUAUAGAUAAACCCUUGAACAAAUACUGUUUUAAGUAUAAAAAGUUAUUUGAUAUUAGCCUAUUUCUUGUUGUUCCUUUUUAAAUGAUGGCAGUAAAUGAGAUACAAAAUGUGUUCAGGUUAACGAUUAAGGGGCAUGCCACUAGAUAUAUGUCAACUUUUUUCAAAAUAUAAGAAGUAUUUGUAUAUACAGAGUCCUCCUACUCACUUCGGCACAUCAUCAACAGCUUAGUUAAAAGUUUUGAUGCACUUUCAUUUUAUCUCUGUUAUUAUUUGAUGGAUUUGCUUCUGACUUAAAAGAGGCGUUUUUCAACAUCAGUCAUGUGACACAAUAGCCAGUGCUCUUGUACUAAUAUUUUAUGAUUUAUGUCCCCUUUUUACUUAGAAUUUUAGGUUAAAGUUUGAUGCAUUUUCUCUCUCUCUUUUAUUACGAAAUAGAUUUGAUAAAAACUUAAAAUUGUUGUUUCACAUCUGACACCAGCUACAUCAUAUGACACAAGGUUCAUAAAUCUCACAAACAUUUCAUUAUGCCCUUUUUCAUUUAGAUUUCAUGUUAAAGUUUUUGAUGCACUUUCACAGUUAUUACUUACUGAAUUUGAUUCAGAUUUAAAAUAGUUGUUUUACAUCACCACCCCUUGGAUAUGACACUAGCCCAUAACCCUGACACUAUUAUUUCAUGAAUGUCUCAUUUUUACUUGCAAUUUCAGUUUGAAGUUUUGAUGCACUUUCACUUGUAUCUCUUAAUACGAUUUGAUUUAAAUGUAUAAUAAUUAGCAUUUGUCAUCAUAUGACCUUGUAAUUAUUAAUCAUCAUAGGACACAAGGUCCAUAACUCCAGCUGAAUUAUUUCAUGAAUAAUGCCCCAGUUGUAAUUUGAAUUUCAGCUUAAUUUUUUAUGCACAUUCGCUCUAUCUCUGUUACGUGGGAUGUUUGAUCUUUAGACACAAGUUGCAUUACUUAGGCAUAAUAUUCCAUGAAUUAUUCACUUUUAAAUUAUGUACUUAUUUUUGAAACAACAUACACAUAACAUGUACAACAAAUUUUUACAGUUCAAAUACAUGGAUUUGAAAACAAGCUAGUAGCUUAUAUGUCACUUUUAAACAUAAAAAUGUAUGGCAUUUAGAAAGUAUGGUUAAAUGCAUUAUUACUAAAUGGAUUCGACUCGAAACUGCUGUCCCAUAUCAGUUCCCAUAUGGGGUAUUAAUCACUCUAUUGAUAGCUCUAGUUUCAUCAGGUAUGCCCUAUUUCACUGUCAAGCAGGAGUAGUCGAGUGCACUUGUUCACUGACAGCGCUUAUUGCAAGUAAAAUGUUAAAACAAUGAUUCAUGGAGUCGUAGACAAAAUUUACUUAGUAUGUCAAAUAAUUACAUGUGCUAACCAUUGCAGUAGUCAUGCAUUAAAAAGUUGAUGUCAUAAUUAAAGAAUUUAUCUACUACUUAUCAUGUAUGUUCAAUAUGUACUUUGUAAAUAUUGUUAUGUAAAGUAUUUGAUUUCCUGACGGCCUUAAUGGCUAGAUGGUUUAUGGUUGCCAACUUCAAAUUAUUUGCCAACACCCGUAGGAGCCCUAGUGGUCUUUCUGCACCAUUAAAAUUUGGAAUUCAACAUGUAACAUAACCUUCUAUAGUCAAGUGGAUAGUGCACUGGUUUCACAUGUGGAAGGUCUUUGAUCCAAACUUCAUGUUAGACAAGAUUGCAUAUAAAAUCUCCGAUAGUCUCAAUGCCCCCAAAGGCAGCAUAUAGUAAUCAGAUGGUCUAUCUGUCCAUUCUUUCUCUCGAAUUCCAAUUGGUAAGUAAAGAAAAACCUCGGACUUGGAAAGCAUGUUGAUCAUGACCAGCAGAUGACCCCUAUUGAGGUUGGUUACUCAAAGGUCUAGGUCAGUGUUUUAGUAUUUUCUGUGUGACAAGAUUUUGUCACAGUUCAUGUGGCACAAAAAAUUCAAACUGUUUCAUGUUUGAAUUUUUACUGCUGUCAGUGGAUAGGUUUUAUAUCAAACCUGCUUUCAUUUGGUGGUCUAUGUUGCUUAUAGUGACAGUUCUUGCUUAAUGCAAUUAUAUAUCAAGUUUCUGUAUUAAUGUAGUGUGUUUUAUACUACGUGCAUUAGAGAACAAGAUGGGGGGGGGGACUUCUGGAAUUAAAUGUAUUUUCUUAUCUUGCAGCAUCUUCAGAACCUAAAAUUUCUAUCAUUUUUCUGUAGGAGUUGCCCAUAUCGGCAGUCAGUGGCAACUGUAAAAUACAUAAAUGACAAAUUACAUUGGACUUGCCAGUUUCUCAACAAAUAUUCAGAAUUGUGAUAUAUAUCUAGAGGCAUGAGGGUUAAUGUCCAGAAAUGUUAAUCCUACUGUUACACCAUUAUACUAUUGUAACUUUCUGUACACAUUUAACAUGAUUGUAAUUAUUCAGUGAAGGGUAGUGUGUAUUAAACAUUCUACAAAUGUUAUAAAAUGUACAGGGCAUUCUACAGAUCUGUGUUUAAUAAAACAAAUUCCAAAGAAAAUAAAUUCUGAUCAGAUGCUACAAUAAUUUGUCAAAUCUUUGUUGUUUUAAUGUACAUUGUUUUCAACCAAAUGUUUUAUGUUAGAGAUGUAUAAAUAUGCUCAUUUAUCGCAUAUACUAUUUUGUUUAAUGCAUUAUUUACAAAUUAAAAGUUACUUGUAUAAUU